AAUUAUAAUAAUAUUUUGUAACUGACUGUGAAAACAAACAAUAACGAAAAAAAAAUAUUGCGAUAAUUCAUUUAUCCUAAUCAUUAAUUAAUUAAUUACAAGUUGAAAAAAAAACAAUUUUCUCGAAAACCGAAACAUGUCGAAUUCAUCGGAUUCAAAGAUUUUUUUGCCAAACACCGAUACAUUUUCAACAUUUUAUGAUUCGAAUAAUCAUUUUAAACAUUCAUCAACAUCAUCACCAUCAUCAUCAUCAAAUCAAUUUAAUUUUUCAUCAUCAUCAACAACAUCAUCAUCAGCAAUGACAAUUGAUCAUUAUCAAAAUUCAACAUCAUUGUUGGAUUCAUCAUGUGUCAAAGAGACAGGUAUUAUUGAAAAAAUGCUUGUAUCAUAUGGUUUUAUACAAUGUUGUGAACGACAAGCACGUUUAUUCUUUCAUUUUAGUCAAUAUGAAGAUAAUAUUGAACAUCUUAAAAUUGGUGAUCCAGUUGAAUAUGAAUUAUCAUUUGAUCGUCGUACGGGAAAACCAGUAGCUAUAAAAAUUCGUAAAAUAACAUCAAAUAAUUUUAUGAUUAAAUUGAAUAAAUCAGAAAGAUUAAUUGGUGUUAUUGCAGCUGAAUUAUCAAAUGAUCGUGUUGGUCGUAUUGCAUUCGAUAAUAUGGGAGAAUAUUUUUUCUUACCAUUCAAUAUUGAUGAUGUUGUUGAUGAUGUAAAUUUUAAGGUUAAUGAUAAAGUAUCGUUUGUAUUAAGUACUGAUGAUAAUGGAUCAUAUAGAGCAACCAGUAUUCAAUUGGAACGAUCAUCAAUGCCUAAUAAUCAAGGAAUAAUUAGCGCUAUCAAAGAUACAUUUGGUUUUAUUGAACGUUCGGAAUGUGGAAUGAAAAUAUUUUUUCAUUCAUCAGAUUGUGAAGAUUUUAAAUCAUUGAUUAUUGGUGAUAUUGUACAAUUUGAUAUUACAACACGAAAAAAUAAAGAAUUGGCUAUAAAUGUUACUAAACAAAUAAAUUCGGAUGAAGAAUUUUCUGAUAAAAUUUAUAGAGGACAAGUAACUAAAUAUAAUAAUCGUUCAAAUCUUACAUCGGGAACUAUUUAUUGUCCAGAAUUGAAAAAAGAUUAUUUUUUCUAUGAUAAAGAUGUUCGUGGAAAUUUUACUAUAAAUUGUUUUGAUUUGGUUACAUUUCAGAUUGCAACCGAUCGUCGUACACAUUAUGAACGUGCUGUUAAUGUUAGUUUUUUGGUUGAAACAUUUUCAACAAAUUCAGAAAAUCGUGAACGUGGUUAUGUUGCUAGUUUGAAGGACACUUAUGGAUUCAUUAAAUGUCCAAGUAAAGAAGGUUCACUUAUCUAUUUUAAACAUGCUGAAUUAUUAGAUCCAACUAUUGUACUUAAAUUAAAUGAUGAAGUUGAAUUUACAUUUAUAACUGAUGCUCAAUUGAAAAAAUGUCAAGCAAUUCGUAUUUCAAUACUUCCUAAUGGUACAUUAUUUAAUAGUAUACUUUCCAAACAACGACAACCAAACAAUAAUAAUAAUAAUCAUAAUAAUUUUCAAAAUAAUAAUAAUGAUAAUCAACAACAACAACAAUCAUCACAAACAACAGUUAAUGAAGUUUUUAAUCUAAUUGAUCUUACAACACCAAUGAACAUUACAAUGAAUAAUCAUUUAAUAAAUGCUGAAAAUAAAGAUACUCAACAACAACAACAACAGCAACAAAAUGAAAAUGGUAUUAUUAAACAGAAUGGAACUACUACUAUUACUACUAAUAAUAAUGAUGAUAAUAAUGUUUAUUCAUCAAAUUGGACAAAAGAAUUGAUGGAAAUAUUUCAAAAAAAUGAUAAUAAUAAUGAUUCAUUUAUGACAAUUACAAAUGGUAAUUUAGAUUAUAAUCAUCAUACAUCAUUAUCAAAUAACGAAUCGGAUGAAAUAAGUGGUGUUAGAAAAACUGGUAUAAUAAUAUUAUUAAAAGAAAAUUAUGGUUUUAUUGAAUCGAUUGAUGGUGAAAAUGAAUAUUAUUUUCAUAGUCUUUCAUGUAAUGAUGAUAAUUGUAAACUUGGACAAACAGUCGAAUUUGAUACAUUAUUUUCGAAUGGAAAAUGGAAAGCAAUAAAUGUUUCAACGAAAAAUGAAUUAAUUUUAUAUGAAGAUUUAUCACGUGAAAUUUUUAUUGGAACAAUUGUACGUACAUUACAAAUGUUUGAUAAUGAUCAAGAAGAAUAUAUUGGAUUGAUUGAUAAAAUUGGUAUUGAAGGUGAUAAUGGUAUAAUGAAUGGUUGGGAUAAAGCUGAAUAUGAAUUUAGUAUGAUUUCAUUGAAAUUUUUAAAAGAUUUUAUUAAUGUUGGUGAUUCGGUACGAUUUCAAGUGGCCACUAAUCCAGUGACAAAAAAACAACGUGCCUAUAAUGUUGAAGUUAUUCGUGAUCGUCUUAAGGGCACUGUAUUAACAUUACAACGAUUAUAUGGAUUUUUAAAACCAGAUAAUCCGGGUAUUGUUGGUAAUAUUUAUUUUAAUGCUGCUGAAAUUCGCACAAAUGUUAAAAUUAAAUUUGGUGAUAAAGUUGAUUUUCUUCUGGUCAAAAAUAAAAAAACGGACAAAUUUUAUGCUAUCGAUAUAAAUCGUUUAGAUGAUCAUCAAUUAACAUCGUUUGGUGGUAGUGGUGGUAACGGUAUUGGUAACAAUGGAUCAACAACAACAACUGAUCGACAAUUUAUUAGAAAUUUUUUCAUUAAUAAAGAAACAAAUGGACCAAAAGUUAUUGCUAUUCGUCAACCAAAAGCACCGGAUGGUACUAAAGGUUUUAAUGACAAUAGCAGCAGCAACAUUAUAACAUUUACAACUGGUCAAUUUUAAAUAACUGUGAAGAGAUUUGCAUUCGUUUGUUUUGUUGUUGUUGUUGUUGUUUUUCUUCAUUGUUUUGUUUCUCUUCAUUUUCAAUAAUCAUCAAUCAUUAUCAAUCAUUGAUCACCGAUGCAAUAUAUAUUCGAUCCCGUCCUUAUCAAUAAUUUCAAGUUGAAACGAAUCCAAAAACAAACAAAAAAAAUCUGAAACAAUUAUCUCUUUCAUAUAUAAUGUGCCUUCAAAAAAAAUUAAUGGUAACAACCGAAAGAAAAAACACAUUUUACCCGAUGAUUUAUUCGAAAAAUUUAACAACAACCGCCACUAACCCAUCGCGAAGAUACUCUGAUCUACAAAAUGGAAACCAAGCAAGUAAAAUAAUAAUGAUUGAAAUUUACAAACAAAC